AUGAUAGACGAUGUCAUUGAAGCCCAAAUUAUUACGGGACACUGCAAAAACGAUACCGAUUUUAUUCCGAAAAUUCUGCUAACCCUAACAGAUUGCCCCUACCGUGUACGAAAACUUCAGCUCCCUCUCAAACUCAGCUUCGCUAUGAGAAUUAACAAAGCACAAGAUCAAUCACUGAAAGUUGUCGGAUUGGACUUUCGAAAGUCAUGCUUUUCACAUGGACAGUUCUACGUCGGUUGUUCCAGAAUUGGCUAUCGAGACAAUUCAUUCAUCUAUGCUUCUGAAGGAAAAACCAAAAUUGUCAUCUACAAAAGUGUCAAGCAAAAGCGUAAAACAUUCUGUGAAGAUAUGCAAGAGAAACUUGAAGAUGACGACUUUGAAAACGGUCCUGUUUUCAGCGACGAAGUCAAACUCCAUACGAAUGGCAAAUGUUCGCACUUGUAG